CUCGCUUCUCGCAGCUUAUUAUUCGCGCGUUUAUCUGCCGCUGACGGCCGCGGCCGAAACACAUGGAGUGCGGAAUUCACUAUCAAUUGAGCCGCGAAACUGAAGCACAAUGCGGUGGCCGGAAAGCGCGUUCCCCGGGGCGUUGGUGCUGCUAGUGAAAUGUAUCUGUUUUUCAACGGCCGAUCAAGUCGAGUCGUUGAGCCUCUCCGAACGCGCUUUGAUUCAGGAUGCUGGUUCGCAACAGUUUGUAUCCGUCGAGGUUCGAGAUAAAUCAUCGGCAGACAUCAGUAGUACGAGUUUCUCUUCUGAAGAAGGAUGCUCGAAGAAAUUCAUAUGUUAUUUUACGAGUUGGGCCACCUACAGACCGGGAGGCUGGUCAUACACAGUUGAGACAAUGGAUGCCACUCUCUGCACACAUUACGUUUACGCUUUCGCCGUGCUUGAUAACUCCACGUAUAGAGCAGUGCCUGCCGAUCCGAAUUUAGACAUCCAAAAAAAUUAUUUCAAGAAAUUCUGCACUAAAGUGAAAGCUGCAGGCGCCAUUCCCAUGUUGGGAGUGGGUGGUUGGACCAACAGCGGUGGUCAAGCUUGGGAAGAGCUACUUAAGGAUUCGAAAAAGCAGGACCAGUUUAUUGUUUCCAUUAUCCAAAUGUUCAAAAAGUAUGGUUUCAUGGGCGUGGAACUGGAUUACGAGUACCCAGGAUGCCCUCAGGGAAAUUGCAUGGAUCCAAAAUCGAAGGAGCGAUUUAGAGGAAUGGUCAAGAGGAUGUACACAGCAUUUGGAAACACGACUUGGAUAAUCUCAAUCGCCAUCCCGGCUGAUAGCCAAAGGAUAAAUUACAGUUAUGAUUUGGUUGGACUCCAACAGUAUGCCGAUUGGUUCAGUGUUAUGGGUUAUGAAUACUUCAGCGUCAACUCAGGAGUGACAUAUCUACAUGCGCCUUUAGUGCCACAACCCAAUGCCUCGAAUAGACUUAAUGUGGAGUACACGAUCCAGUAUCUUCUAAAUGCCGGUGUAUAUCCGCAAGCAGUCGUUUUGGGCAUGCCUCUUUACGGAAAGGGCUACACCCUCACGAAUCCUAAUCAUCACACCGUCAACUGCCCAGCUGUCGGACCUUCACAGCCCGGGACUGUCACUCAAUCCAAUGGAACUAUGGCCUUCUUUGAGAUUUGCAUGAACCGGAAAGGCGGCUGGAAAAUGGAAACGAGGUACCAAGGCAAAUACUACGGGAGAUGGAUCUACAACAAUAAUCAAUGGGUUGGUUACGAUGGUAUUCCAGAGCUUCGAAAAAAGGUGCGCCUGAUCCAGAACGAAAACCUCGGUGGCGGAAUGAUAUGGGCCCUGGAUCUAGAUGACUUUCGUGGAAAAUGUGGCCGCGGAAAAUCGCCUCUUACGAACUUUCUGUCCGCUCAACUUUUAGGUGGAAGCAGCGAGAAUUGUAUUGACUGAAACAUCAAAUUUUACGACUUAUAGUGCAAACAAUUCAGACAUGACAGAUGGGAUUCGAUUUAAAACUGAAAUUUUUGGAUGUAAUCCUCGGAAUAUUGCUCUUAUUGUAAUGCGACGAAUGUUAUAAUUUUACGCUUCAAACUGCGAUGUAAUGAGUAUUUUGAUGUCCAAGUGUAUAAUUGUAUAUUUAAUGAAGUAAAUAGAAUUUAUUUUCGGUUGUCAUGAUUAGA